AUGGAAACCAAGAUGGCGUUCGAAGCAAAAGAUGUUAAAGAAGUCUUUCUUCAUUUAGACGUCGAAAAACGAAAGAAAAUGUUGGCCAAACUUCUCCGGUUUCCAGAAUUCAACGCAGAAGACGAUUUAAAGACGGCUGUUCUAAUUGACAGUUAUUAUGAACUGCUGUCUCAUCUGGUUGAAAACGGAUUUCCAUGGCGGGAGAUCGCGUCGUUCCUUGAAAUUUUUAAAAGUUUGUUAAAUAAAACACAAGGUAAGAACUACAGUUUGGAAGAAGGUAAUAGUGGAACUAGAGUAACGUAAAAGAGCAUCGGGUGAUGGUAAGAGUAGCAGAAUUAGUGCCGGCAAGGUGAUUCAAAGGUUAAUAUUGUAAAGCUUAUGAACUAAUUCAUACAAUCUUCCCGGGACAAUCUUCAGUGAGAGAGACGUACCAGUCUGAUAACUUUUGGAAUACCGGGUAGUAAAUAUUAUCAUGACCUCUCCUGCUAAAAUUAAUGGCCUCACUUACCUUUCUAGGUACGUAAAAGAUUUUGUUCGAUCCUCCAACGCUUUCUGGAAGGUCACUCGUUCAAACUCAUCACCAUGAUGGAAUGAUUACAUUUCCAUACAUGUAAUAAGGGGGACAUUGGGGUACCCAAUAAUGUGAUACCAAAUAAUGAAAUACCGAGUCAAAAGUCAACAUAAUAGCGAUACUGCAAUUUCGGUUGGUCAAGCUUACUGAAAGUUGCGUCCAGUAAUCAGUACCUGAUUAAAAAAACAUUGUCUCUAAAAAAGUAUAAACCAUGAACAAUGAGCCUUCAAAGAUUUAUCAGUAUACAUUUACUAGCAAAGCAAAUUGAAAGUUCUGAAAGUUCUUUCAACAAAAGUUUACAUUGUUACAAGAUGGUUAUGUGGAUGCAGAUCCCUAGGGUACUUUGUUUAAGGCAUGCCAUUGUCUUUUUAUGUCUUCCAAGAAAGCUUUUAGGCCACUCCUAUCUUAUGAUUUUCAAGUGUGUGUCACUGAAAUGGCUAUCUCUCUAAUUGUAGAGAUCUUUGAUCUGCAGGUGAAGCUGUGAUCUUAUUGACAAAAACAAACUGUCUGACCUUUUCUGAAUGCAUCGUUGCAAAUUAAAAACCCUCAGUAAAGUAUUAAUGUUGUAGUUAAUUUUUAACCUCAGGUAAUUUUUGUUUUUGCUUUUGUUUUUGGGUAUGGUAAUGUCUGCAAAUGAAUUUGAAACAUAAGAAAAAUAAAAAUUACUUGAGAUAAAAAAAUUAACUACAGCAUAAACAUUUCUGGAAAGAACUAUAAAUUUGUAAUGCUAACAGUUUAGUUCUACCCAUAAAUCCAUUAGGUUCCACUGUUCAUGAUUUAUACUUUUCAAGUGACAAAGUUUUUUAACUCAGAAAAAAAGUGGCAAGGCCAUUUUUGCUGAGUUAUUGUUAUGUAUAAGAGAAGUACUCCAGGGGAGAAGCUGUUUAAGACAUUAAAAUGCAUUAAAACUGCAACCCUGUUUAAGACACCAAAUAGUGAAAUUAAAUACUUUUUUUAAGAUUGAAGAUCCCAUAAACCUAUACCAUGCAGAAUGGCACAUACCGAGUGAGCCAAACAUGGAAGUUCCCUCCCCCUUCAGCACAUGCGUCCAUCUGUAAACUCCCAAGGGAACCAUUUUCCAUAUAUGGAAGCAAAGAAACAUUGCAUUUGUUAAUGACAACAUAACGUCAAGACAUCAUGACUAAUAUCAGUUGCGUGCGUGAUAGAUCUACUGUAUUUACCCAUUUUUCAGGGUAGUUUUCCAAAAUAUACACAAGCGUACUUGUCAACCAAAGUUUUCAUGCUAAAGAACAAUUUCACUACAGUAUCAUUCAAAAGUAAUACUAAAUUUAUAGUGAUUCUGGUAUAAAUCACAUGUAUGUAUUCUAUUCAUACGUGUUGAUUUUUUAUAAAUAUCCUUUUAUUCAACAGGCAUGUAAAAGAUGAAACAUGAUCUAUGACGUCAAAAAAUUAUUUUGUAAAAAAACAACAGAUCGAUCGACUUGUGUCAUGAUCGAUCCCAAAAGAUUGUUAGCAUUAUCAAUAAUUACAGGAAAAUACAUAGAUUAUUUUCCGAGUUUUGUGGCUCACAGCCACUUUGAUUUUAAUCAGGUGUAUUUUAGACAGGAGAGUGCAAAUGAAUGGUAACCCAAUACAUUUAAGGAUCUUUUUUCAGCGAAUAAAGCAGGGCUUGAUGAUACCAUAAUACCGCACAUAAAAUUUUAAAUUACUGAAAUACCACUUGAAAAAAAAUUUAAUACUGCAAAACUUCCAAUUCCUCCAGGAUCCAUGCAAAACUACAACCAAAGCUAUGGGAGGGCUUCCCCAGUGGGGGAGAGGUACUUCCAUGUAUGGACUAUUUAAAUAGUUUUGUUCCCCAUGAUAGGGUAUGGAAUAAAUUAAUGGAACGUUUCCAUUGGUCAAUACUAUCAAAAUGCUAGGAAUGCUAUUGAACGUUGUGCACCGUCAGGUCCACGAAGACAUGUAACAAAGGAGUCUGACAGGUUUCAUAACCAUUCCAAUCCAUUACCUAUGGUCUGGGUUUGGGCCUAGAAUAGGGUAUCAUUUUGUAGGAAACUGAUCAGUGGGUUGAAAAUUCUAGUCUAGACUAGAGAAUUGACACUCCAAAAACAAAGAAGUCAGCAAACCUUAAUUUACCCACAACUCAGUUAAAUAGCAAAGAAAGUGUCGAAAACCUCAGUAAGCCUCAGUAGUUUCUGGAAAAUAAGUGACUCUAGGAUAGGGAGAAAUUUUGGAAAUUCAGUCUAGUUCAGGGUAGCAAAAUUUUUUAAAACUACAGUAGGUCUGGUAAAGGCUAUGAGUUCCAGGGUCUGAGCUGCACAUUUCCACACAAACAUUUCUUAAGUGCCUUUCCUGGGAGCUAAUAGAAAUAUUUAUCGUUUUCUUUUGCCUUGAAGGAACAUCUGUCGUGGAGGCCAUAUCUUUGUUUAAAGAAGAAGUCUCCUGCAGUUCUCGGUACUUUGGUGACAACAGUCUCAAGUGUGCAAUAGAUUACUUAUUUCUGACUUUUUUUCAACACUACAAGUUAUAUCAGUUUCUGCUGACGAAGGAAAGGGCUUUUGAAAUUACAAAUCUUCAUUGUGUUGUUGAACCACCAGCAACAUCACUGUUCUCUUUAAUGGAAGGUGUACCAAAGAGUGUUUGGGAUGAACAACAGAGGUUACAACAAAUCGAUGAAAUGGAACAGAUAAGAAAUCAGGUAACAUUGGUAUAAUGGACACACUCUGGGACACAAUGUUGUGUUUUUUUUUUUCAAUCACACUGUAAAACAAGUUUGCAACAUGUUUUUAGUUAAGGGUGUAACUAGUGUUGUUUGGUCAUUUUAUUAUUUUGGCUCUUCAGUUAAUGUUAGAUGGAGAGUUGAUGGAGAUAAACAGAUAGUACUGGUCCUAGAGAUAUUUUGUUGUAUUUAAUACUCUUCUAAAAGGAGCUGGAUCCUAGAGAGGGGCACUCCCAUAUGAUAUUGAUGGACAUGUUCAGCAUAGCAAUAAGGGGUUUGAAAUUGCAGGUGGUUUUUUCACUUAGGGACUGCUUCAGGGUGGAAAACAGAAAGGUAAUAUUUUACCAUUUAAUGUAUUGCUACGGGGUUGCAUGUAAAGAAAUUAUUCAUGUAGAUAAUUAAGGACUGAUCGCACUAUUGCCUGCAUAGGUGGUGGUAAUAGCAGGCAACUGGUGCUGUUACUGGUGGCAGAGCCUUAAGAAGAUUGAGCAAAACUCAAACUUAUGAUUUUCUCUUGUGGCUUCUCUGCUCACGAAAAUUCCUCCAGGCUUUGCUUGCAAGAAAGUAUUCCACACAUCAAACAAUCCCACCAGAAAUGAUAUGCUGGCUCAUGACACUUUAUUGGAAGAUUAAGUCUCUUUUAGGGAUUAGUCAAGCCUGAGCCGUGCCCAAUUGGUCUCCUUUGGUGUGGGAGUACCCCCCCCCCCCCCCCCCCCCCCCCCCCCCCCCGCGGGGAAAAAAAAAUAUUUUUUUUUUUUUUCCAAAAAGAAAAAAAAAAAAAAUUUUAAAAAAAAAAAAAAACGGCGGUUGCACGGGCGGGAGAAAAAUUUUUAAAAAUUUAAAUUUUUCACAAAAAAUAAAAAAAAGAGAAAAAAAAACCCCCACUAAAAAAACAUUGAUUGUAAAAAAAACUACUCCACACCACCAAAAAACCCACCACAAAUGAUAUGCGUGCUCAGUACACUUUAUUGGAAGAUAAAGUCUCUUUUAGGGAUUAGGCAAGCCCGAGCCGGGCCCAAUUGGUCUCCUUUGGUGUGGGAGUUCCCCCCCCCCCCCAACUUCCCCCGCUGACCCGAGCUGGAUAACAAAAUUAUUCUCUUUAAUUAUCCAACAGGAAAGAGAAGCAUACUUUGAACAAGAAAUACAGCAGGCUGUUCAGCGGCUGGAAGAACAGUUUUAUGAAUUUGAAUCGUUACCAGAACAUGUAACAAGAGAGCAACUAACCUCCAUCAUUAGAAGCAUUGCUGUUAAUAAAGCAGCUGUUACAAAUGCUUCAAUCAGUCAGAAAAUACAACAAAUACAGGACUUGCUGGAGUUCAAGUAUAAACGUAGCAAUGUUGAUAAUGAGACUGUUGACAAAGAUGGCAAAAAAUCUGCAAAAUCAGGCAGGCGUUCUGGCAGGAAGUGAACUUUAUCCACUUGAAAGUAAAAUUGUACGGUGUAAAAAUUACUGUGUCUAAAAAACAUUUGUAGAUCUUCCUGUGUUGAUGAACUUCCAUUUUCCCCUUCAGGAAGUACUUACGUAACCUAAAGAAAUUGCAAGACUACCAAAAAGAAGGAGAUCUUUUAGGUGUCUGAGCUAAUUUUUUGUUAGGUUAAAUUUCUUUAAGAGAAACAGCUUUUAGUACGCAGAUAUUUUCAAGCUCUCCGUUACAGUGUGUUAUGUAUUAAGUUUGACAAUGAACAG